AUGCCACGACGACAUUCUACCGAUAAUCAUUCUAACAAUCAAACACAGAACUUACGCUCAGCCUGUUCCAGUGCCUCGAGCACAAUAAAGCAAGUAGAUUCCACCCUUGCUCUUCUUAAAACUGAAAAGAGGGUCAAAGAGGAAGAGGAAACGCAGUCCUUUACCAGCUCUCAUUGGGAUACAGACCUUGAAGACGAUGACUAUUCCGAUGAUGAUAACAAUGAUGAUGACGAGGCCCAUUCAGAAAAAGAAACCUACCUUAAGAUUUGUGACACAGUAGGAGUCACCCCAGUGUCUCGAUUUGGGAACGAGAUUGGUCAGGAAGAGAUCAAGAUUAACCAUCGUUUUCUCAAGGAAGCGGGAACUAAAGCGAUUGCCUCCGUUCUCCUCAGAAACAAGACGACGUCAAAGUUGCACGUGGCGUUUAACGAGCUCAAUACCAAGGGAGGAAUUUACAUUGGACAAGUGCUGUCAAAGAACAGAGCUCUUACUGAGCUGAACUUGGCAAAUAACAAUAUCAAAAGGGAAGGUAUCAUCGCCAUAGCAGAAGCGCUGCCAAAUAACACAGUGAUUAGAAGGUUAGAUCUGUCCGGAAACGGACUAGGAGACAAAGACGCGGUGCUAUUGGCCGAGGGCGUCGAGAACAAUAGCUCUUUGGAUUGGCUGAACUUGAGUAACAACAAAUUUUCUGAAGCCUCAGGAGUUUCUUUCGGAACUGCUCUUACUUACAACAACUCGCUUCUCGAACUGAAUUUCAGCUGGAACCAUAUAAGAAGGGAAGGAGCUGAGGCCAUUGCUAAGAGCCUGCGGUAUAAUGACUCGCUGGAAAAGUUGGAUCUUUCUUGGAACGGAUUUGAUUACAUUGGUACUACAGAGUUGGGGGAGUCUUUGAAACGAAAUUCAACGAUCAAAGAGCUCAAUCUUAGCAACAAUCGACUCUCGGACGAAGGACUUAAAAACAUCGCAAAGGGGCUCGAGGGUAGCGAAAAAUUGGAAGUGCUGAAUCUAAACCACAAUUUGAUUUUCAAUGCUUGUCAAGGCGUCAACAAGAUACUGGAGAUGUUGCUUAAGAGCGGUGCUCCAGCAUUGAAAGUCUUGAAGAUUUUAGACAUUAAGUUGGAUCACGAUUGUGAAGUUCAUCUUGAAAAAGUUCUGAAAAAAAGAACAGGUCUUGUUGUCCAUCAUGGAUGCAAAAAGACAGACUCGUUUGUUACCAAGAAAAAGGAGGCAGAUCCGUUUGAUUUCCUUAAAAUAUAUUUGGACAAAAACAAGAUUCACGCCUCAGAUUUGUUUAAACGUUUAGAUCCCGAAUGCCAAUUCCGGGACAGUUUGUCUCGGGUGGAAUUCGUUGACGGAAUGAAACGGUUGAAAAUUGUACACAUGCCACGACGACAUUCUACCGAUAAUCAUUCUAACAAUCAAACACAGAACUUACGCUCAGCCUGUUCCAGUGCCUCGAGCACAAUAAAGCAAGUAGAUUCCACCCUUGCUCUUCUUAAAACUGAAAAGAGGGUCAAAGAGGAAGAGGAAACGCAGUCCUUUACCAGCUCUCAUUGGGAUACAGACCUUGAAGACGAUGACUAUUCCGAUGAUGAUAACAAUGAUGAUGACGAGGCCCAUUCAGAAAGAGAAACCUACCUUAAGAUUUGUGACACAGUAGGAGUCACCCCAGUGUCUCGAUUUGGGAACGAGAUUGGUCAGGAAGAGAUCAAGAUUAACCAUCGUUUUCUCAAGGAAGCGGGAACUAAAGCGAUUGCCUCCGUUCUCCUCAGAAACAAGACGACGUCAAAGUUGCACGUGGCGUUUAACGAGCUCAAUACCAAGGGAGGAAUUUACAUUGGACAAGUGCUGUCAAAGAACAGAGCUCUUACUGAGCUGAACUUGGCAAAUAACAAUAUCAAAAGGGAAGGUAUCAUCGCCAUAGCAGAAGCGCUGCCAAAUAACACAGUGAUUAGAAGGUUAGAUCUGUCCGGGAACGGACUAGGAGACAAAGACGCGGUGCUAUUGGCCGAGGGCGUCGAGAACAAUAGCUCUUUGGAUUGGCUGAACUUGAGUAACAACAAAUUUUCUGAAGCCUCAGGAGUUUCUUUCGGAACUGCUCUUACUUACAACAACUCGCUUCUCGAACUGAAUUUCAGCUGGAACCAUAUAAGAAGGGAAGGAGCUGAGGCCAUUGCUAAGAGCCUGCGGUAUAAUGACUCGCUGGAAAAGUUGGAUCUUUCUUGGAACGGAUUUGAUUACAUUGGUACUACAGAGUUGGGGGAGUCUUUGAAACGAAAUUCAACGAUCAAAGAGCUCAAUCUUAGCAACAAUCGACUCUCGGACGAAGGACUUAAAAACAUCGCAAAGGGGCUCGAGGGUAGCGAAAAAUUGGAAGUGCUGAAUCUAAACCACAAUUUGAUUUUCAAUGCUUGUCAAGGCGUCAACAAGAUACUGGAGAUGUUGCUUAAGAGCGGUGCUCCAGCAUUGAAAGUCUUGAAGAUUUUAGACAUUAAGUUGGAUCACGAUUGUGAAGUUCAUCUUGAAAAAGUUCUGAAAAAAAGAACAGGUCUUGUUGUCCAUCAUGGAUGCAAAAAGACAGACUCGUUUGUUACCAAGAAAAAGGAGGCAGAUCCGUUUGAUUUCCUUAAAAUAUAUUUGGACAAAAACAAGAUUCACGCCUCAGAUUUGUUUAAACGUUUAGAUCCCGAAUGCCAAUUCCGGGACAGUUUGUCUCGGGUGGAAUUCGUUGACGGAAUGAAACGGUUGAAAGUAAUGAGUAACUUUUACCUUGACAAACUAGUUGAAAUGCUUGACGUGGAUGGAGAUGGAGAGAUUGACUAUAGUGAAUUUGUUAAAAUGUAUUAA